AAGAACCGUUGCAGGUCCCGGCGUAGCACUCAGGUAGGAGGUGGGGGGAGGCGGGAGUGAACUCUCGCGAGAAGAGGCGGUUGCCGUAGCGGAGUCCUCUGGCUGUGUGUCUCGAGGUUCCGGCGCCGGAGCUGCGGACGGUUUGCUGAGCCCGUUAGUGUCCCGUUUGAGACCCACGCCGCCGUCAUGUCCCGGUACCUGCGUCCCCCCAACACGUCUCUCUUCGUAAGGAACGUGGCGGACGAUACCAGGUCUGAAGAUUUACGACGCGAAUUCGGUCGUUAUGGUCCUAUAGUUGAUGUGUAUGUUCCACUUGAUUUCUACACUCGCCGUCCAAGAGGAUUUGCAUAUGUUCAAUUUGAGGAUGUUCGUGAUGCAGAAGAUGCUUUACAUAAUUUGGACAGAAAAUGGAUUUGUGGACGCCAAAUUGAAAUACAGUUUGCACAGGGGGAUCGAAAGACUCCAAAUCAGAUGAAAGCCAAGGAAGGGAGGAAUGUGUAUAGUUCUUCACGCUAUGAUGAGUAUGACAGAUAUAGACGUUCUAGAAGCCGAAGUUACGAAAGAAGGAGAUCAAGAAGUCGUUCCUUUGAUUACAACUAUAGAAGAUCUUAUAGUCCUAGAAACAGUAGACCGACUGGAAGACCACGGCGUAGCAGAAGCCAUUCCGACAAUGAUAGAUUCAAACACCGAAAUCGAUCUUUUUCAAGAUCUAAAUCCAAUUCAAGAUCACGGUCCAAGUCCCAGCCCAAGAAAGAAAUGAAGGCUAAAUCACGUUCUAGGUCUGCAUCUCACACCAAAACUAGAGGCACCUCUAAAACAGAUUCCAAAACACAUUAUAAGUCUGGCUCAAGAUAUGAGAAGGAAUCAAGGAAAAAAGAACCACCUAGAUCCAAAUCUCAGUCAAGAUCACAGUCUAGGUCUAGGUCAAAAUCUAGAUCAAGGUCUUGGACUAGUCCUAAGUCCAGUGGCCACUGAUAGUAUAAACCAUGAUAUUUUUAGGCAUGUAUCAUUCAUUUACUCAUAGUUUGGUUUACUUAAAUUAUCAGGAAUACAAUGUUGCAAUGAUGCUUAAAAAAAACACUUGUCAGUUUUCCCUGUACCAGGCAAUGGUUAUUAUUAAAAUGAAAUGCUGUUGAGAAGCCACUCUUAAGAGUCCAGUUUGUUUAAUGUUAUGGGCAGCUACCAAUUUGUGGUGUCUCUGUAUAUUUUUGUAAAGAUUCUCAUUUUUUAAUGCUUGAGGUAUUGGUGAAAAGAUGUUGGUUGACCAUAAUUUGCAACAUUGUCUUAUUAAAAAUAAACUUUCAUAUCCAUAUUUGGUAGAACUGUUAACCUAGAAAUGUAGCUUGCUAAUAAGGUAGAAUGAUACAAAAGUGAAGUUGUAGCCACCGUACAACACUGACCCGACUAGACACAUUUAGGUUCAGGGUGGACCUUUUUGUCUUGUCAAGGUGUCGAGACCCACGAUGAUAAUUUAUGGCACAGUGUGGAAUAGUUCUUUUGUUAACCCCACUGUCUCGGGAAAUGACGCCAACUGGGUUAAGUAGCAUUUUCAGGGAGAUGGAGUUUUUGAUUGAAACACGGAGCCUUCACUUUUCUGGUUUCUGUGAAGAUUUGGAACCAUACAAACAUCGGAAAAACCCCCCUUAAAAUUUGGGCAGGUUGAUGAUGGCAGAAAUAAUUUUAAGGGGAAAAGAAUGCUCUUAUGCAGUUACUCUAAACUUUAAGGAGCAUUGUUGACCAUAAUAUUGCUUAGUUUUCUUACUGCUGUUAAAAGCAAGUAAAGUGUUUUCAAAGUAGGUUUUGUUUGUGUGUGCGCAUAGUGUAAAAGGACUGAAUUUUGAUGCUUAAAGCACUUGGUGUGUGCAUUUGUAUCAAAAUUUGCCCAUAUCUUUAUGAAGGAGGCUUGUUCUUUACGCCUCAGUUUAUUUAAUGUGAGGCAAGUAAAAAGACAACACUCCCAUUCUACGUGAUUCUGUGGUGCCAUGAGAUUUUAAAUAAUUCUGGAAAAAACUAAGAAAAUCACAUCUCUUGAGGUUUUGACUGAUUAUCCAUGUAGUACCUGAUGAAAAUAAUACCCUAACUCUUUAUAAUUUUUAACAUCUCUCUGCGAGAUCAUUUGGGGGCAAUAAAAAGUGACUUGACGUGUCCAAUCUCAUUUCAGAAUAAAAGCUGGCAUCCUUAAAAUUUUUAGAUUGCUUGCUUACAGGCAUAUAAGUAAGAAAUGUUGUGGGGAAACCAUUCCUUUUAGAGGAUUACUUUUUUCAAUUUUGGUUUUAGUAAUCUAGGCCUUGCCUGUAAAGAACAAAAGGUGGUUUUAAAUACUGUUUGUGGAAUGUGUUUAAAGGAUUGAUUCUAGAACCUUUGUAUAUUUGAUAGUAUUUCUAACUUUCAUUUCUUUACUGUUUGCAGUUAAUGUUCAUGUUCUGCUAUGCAAUCAUUUAUAUGCACGUUUCUUUAAUUUUUUUAGAUUUUCCUGGAUGUAUAGUUUAAACAACAAAAAGUAUUUAAAACUGUAGCAGUAGUUUGCAGUUCUAGCAAAGAGGAAAGUUGUGGGGUUAAACUUUGUAUUUUCUUUCUUAUAGAAGCUUCUAAAAAGGUAUUUUUAUAUGUUCUUUUUAACAAAUAUUGUGUACAACCUUUAAAACAUCAAUGUUUGGAUCAAAACAAGACCCAGCUUAUUUUCUGCUUGCUGUAAAUUAAGCAAACAUGCUAUAAUAAAAACAAAAUGAAGGAAAUAAUGAUUAACUGGAAUUAUUAUAGUUUUGAAUGAGAUUAUACAAUAACAGCGGAUUUAGGAGUAUUUUAAAUCAGUGUUGCACUAGGCACAGGUUUUACUUUGGAAAUGAUAGAACCUGCCAGAAAGGUACAUCUUUUACGUAGUACUUAAAAAUUCCUUAUGUAAUGUCAGAGUUGUUUCAUUAUUGCUUAUUAAACCCCUUGGGUUAAAUAACUUAGAGGUUAUUGGUAGUGUUAAGAUACGCAUUAAAAUGAAAUUUGAGUCAGCUAAUUUUAAGUUUAUAUUUUCAUUAUUAGAUGGACCAAUAAUUCUGCUCUUCCCCAUCCUAAACAAGAUGGAUUGGGCCUUAUGUUUAUGGUGUGAUUUAAAAUAUUUUUGCAUUGAAUGUUCGUGAGCACUUAAUAUUAAGUGAUAAUCACUGUGGGGAACUGGUUUAGGUGUUUUGUGGUUUGAGUUCAAGCUGCUUUAUAAUGACAAGUAUAGCUGAUAUUUAUUGAGUAUUUAUGAUGUGCCAGACACUGUUCUAAAAGCUUUAUGUGUUAACUCAUUUACUCAUCACGAAACCCUAUGAGAAAGAUACUUUUAUUUUCUCGUAUAACAGAUGAUAAGGAAAUGGAGGCACAAAGAAAAAGCAAUAAAAGGCAGAUCCAGGAUUUGAGCUCAGCCGGAUCCUUAGAUUUUUUUUUUUAAUGGACUGUAAUUAGAGUAGAUUGGGGAAAUAACCCGUUUAAUUUUUCUUAGUCUGUAUAGAAUUAGAAGUAAUAGUUUCGUUUUUAUUUUUUACUUGUGUCACUUAUUUUUAGACUCAUGCUAUUUUCUUGAGAACCUUAUAUGUUAUUUCUAAAGUGACAUACCUAAAUAACAUAGCUUCAAAGGGACUAUUUUAUAUUUGAACCCAUGAUAGGAUCCUACUGAUACUUAAGGAUCCUUAUACAGGGCUUUAAUGUUGGGUUACAUAGUUGAGUUCCAUAAUUAUUGAGUAUCUACUGUGUGUCUGGCACGGCUCAGUAUUGGAGUAGAACAUAUCAAGACUCAAGUGAGAGCUGACACUUCGCCUCUCUUUUUGCUUAAGAUCUCUCUGCAUUUUUUUUUUUUU